CACUUCUCGUGUCAUUUUUUUGGCCUCCAACCUGCAUUGGAGCAGAAGCAGCAGACACAAAAUUAAAGUAACACAGCAAAGUAUUCGUAGUAGCGCCAUGAUGGAAAGAAAGCCCACUUCUCUCGCCGCCGUGUUGCUAUUCCUGUUGAUUUGUUCUCAUGGACAAGCCGACGCUGCGAAAUGUGAAGGACUCUACGCUGCCAGUUAUGAUGCGACGGCAAUGCCCUUGACAUGUGGACCCUUUGCUGGAGAUCCAACGCUGCACGCGAUUGUGUAUGGCUGCAAGAAUCUCAACCAGGGCGACACGCCCGAAACAGGAUCCACGGUACAGACAUUCACCCAGAUUUGUACUGCCGAGAUUGCCAGUGACACCAACUACACGUGCUAUGAGUUGGCGGCCGACACCGAUUAUACCGCAUUUGAAGCUGCCGUCGCUGCCAAUGACGUGUCAUCAUGCUCUGGCGAAGACGAACCGGAAGCACCCAUUUAUAGGUACCUUCAGACCACUGCCGAGUACACCUUUUCCGGCGAAGCAGGCGGUCAAAGCACAGCAGGACCCGCCGAUGCCACAUUCCGCACGGACUUUGCUGCCGAAGCCUACUACGUCGUCACGGUCAAAGAAGGCGAAGCUCUGCAAUAUAACGAUCCCACGGAUGCAGCUCCAAUGGGAGAUCACAGUGAUAAUGGUGGCAAUACUACUGACUCUGGAUCCGAUGGCGGAGAUGGUGAGGGAAGUAGCGGCAGCGGUGGAGAUAGUGAUGGAAGUAGCGGUGGCGAUGGUGAGGGAAGUAGCGGUGGCGGCGAGAGCGAUGUUAAGGAAAGCUCCGCGGGGGUGCAACUUGGAGGUAUGACAACAAUUUUCUAUUUGACAUUGCUUGGUUGGGUGAUCACCAGCAAGAACAACUAGCUGUAUUUGCUGGAACUCGGAAACGUGUCCUGUGACGGUGCCGAAACUUUGAUACCAGCGAGUCCAGUCAAAACCAUUUUAAGCAGUAACGACGCUGGCUGUCUACAUGUAGAUGAAUCCACCAACCUGUUUUGAAUCUUUCCGAAAUAGUUCUCGAGCGACAAAUCGCAAGAAUUCUUCGUGUUGUUGCAACGAGGCCCCAUCGUACCGGUAGAACCGUAGCU